UCCUUGGAAGGCCAUGACUCAGAUCCAAGGAGGUGUGGACAAACAGGUACAAAGAGAAGCAACCCUGUUCCCUUUUGUUCAGACCUGCUCUCCCUCCACAGCAGGAAGGAUUCCCUCUUCAGUAGAAAGAUGGCAUACUCCACCAGAACAAUCGCAGAAGGCUGUUUUGGGAAGGUCUACAAGCAGAAGUACAACGAUACCUGGGCUGCUAUAAAGAAAGUCCCACAAGACCUCAUCAGCAAGUACGACCUGGAUAGAGAGACUGAAGUGUACAAGAAGGCAAGUCAUCCAAAUAUUGUGAAGCUACUGGGGAAAAUAGAUCUCAAAGACGGAAAAUGGAUUAUUCCUUUAGAGUUUAUCUUUGGAGAAGACUUGGAGACCACCAUCUUUAAAGAAGCACAAUCUAAAAUAAAGUUGACUCCGUCUAUCAAAGGAACUAUCAUCACCGGCAUGUGUGAAGGGCUGCACCACCUUCACUCCAAAGAUAUUGUCCAUCAAGACCUCAAGCCUGACAACAUCAUGGUGGAGCAUGACACAAACAGAGCGGUCAUCAUCGACCUGGGAUUGGCUAAGUUCUUCCGGUAUGGUCAAAACUCUGCCAAAGACGAGGGGAAUAAUGCGUACUCUGCCCCUGAGGUUCUGCAGAGGGGCAGUCAGAGGGACCAGCGCUCAGACGUGUGGGCAAUGGGUAAAAUCAUCGCCGAGCUCUGUGCCCGGGACCGGCUGUACACGCCCAGCGUCUGUCCAGCUAAGAUCAAUGAUAUCCUGAAGGAUCAGCCUUACUGCCAUGUUGUGUGUAGGAUGGUGCAUCCCGACCCUACUCUGAGAGCCUCCAUGGGUGGGGUCAUGAGUGAGAUAAAAAGGGUCGGAGGUCCAGGCAAUAACCCCGUUAAAAAAGAUUACCUUAAGCCAGCAACACCUCACAUCAGUGUCGGAAAACUGUCUCCAGCACCUGGUCACAGAGGUGCAUCUCCAAUGACCAUGGAGAAAUCGCCACUGAAAUUGGAGCGCUCACCGAAACCAGAGUUCAAAGCUCCGCCUCCUCGAGCAGCAAUGCCCCUUCCUCCUUCCCCUUAUAGGACGGAGGACAAGAACAAAAACCAGGGUCUGGUCCCGACAGGCAGAACUGAGCGCACCGAAGACCUCAUGAAAGGGAAGUUUUUCCAAGGUGCUGACCAGAACCUGCCCAGACACCUGCCCACAACAGGAAGGGUGGUGACGCAGAGCUAUGAGAUUAAAAACAGGGAGGUUCAAACAUGGAAGCAGGAGGUGGUGACUGAGGGUGGACAGAUGGUCAAGUUUGUUGAUGUCAAGUAUAAUAGCAAGAUAGAAUAAAGGGAUUUCUUAUUUGGCAGAUAAUGUACAGUAGCUCCUAUAAAAGGAUUGAAUGUGCU